AUGGCCACCACAUUUAAGUUCAGGCCUUAUGGGCUCAUUCAACAUUUAUUUCCCGCCUCAAGUACCUCCCAUAUCACUCGCCGAUGUCUCGCAGCCACGCAGCGAUCGUACGCUACUUCAAAUUCCCUUCCGAAGAUUGCCAAUACCUCAGUAUGGACGUCAAUGAUCCCACGAUUUAUACUAGACCGCAAGUCGCGCAAAGUGAAACCCUCGAAAGAAUGGAAUCCAGCUACUUUCUACAUCGUCAUCUUCAUUCUGAUUGGUUCCCAAGCCAUCCGAAUGCUCACUUUGAAGAAUAGCUACGCCGCAUACACUCGCAGCACAGACGCAAAGAUUGAGCUUUUGAAGGAAGUUAUUGGCCGUAUCAAGAACGGAGAGAACAUUGAUGUCGAAAAGCUACUUGGAACAGGAGACGAGGCAAAGGAGAAAGAGUGGGAAGAAGUCCUACAAGUUAUUAAACAAGAAGACUCUCUUUGGCAGCAAAAAUCCAAAGAAUUGAAGAAGAAGGCUGAAACUGAGCAGUCGCAAGCUCAAGAGGAGGAAUCGGCCGCUGCGAGCACAAAUAACGAGACCACCAAGUCCCAGUCUACACGGAAGGCGAACUUUUUCUAA